GUCUGCGUGUGGGUUUGCAUCUUUUCGGCAGCGCGAGAGAGGACAGGAUAAAAGGGGACGAAAGCUUCCUCUCUCUCUCUCUCGCUCCGAAAAGGAGCGCUUCGGGAUUGCAGGAAACGACGCCAGCUAGGAUAAAUCCUUGGCUGGAGGGUGAGAAAAGGGACAAAAGAGCGCCAUCGCCCCACUCAUCUCUUACAAUGCCGAUGCUUCCUUCCUUUAAAUCUCCCCGCCUCCGAGUUCGGAGAUGGUCCAAGAACCCUACUUCUCGGGCUCCUUUCGGGUUUCUUGGCUUCUGUCCGCCGGUUUCUGCAGGUUCUUGCCGAUCCCGUCGCAGAAAGAUCGGAUUGGUGCAUCCCAGAGGCGCGGAAACCUUAGGGAUCGAGGGAUUUCUUGGAGAAAAUAAUUUGAUUUGGAGACAUUUUGUGAAGAAAUCUUAGCUCUCCGGAUCCCCGGAUAUCUUGAACAUCGGUCGUGUCUGAUGAUAGAUUUGCUGGAUCUGAGUUCUUGCUGCGGAAACCCUCGGAAUUAAGACGUUUUGUGGGCGAAACACGGACUUGCUGUGGUUAUUGUGAGUCCCCACAAUUAUCAGGCAUGCCAGCGAUGGAGAAUGCCUUAAGUUGUACUAAACCUUCCAACCAUCAAUCUUCUUUUAGGCAUAGACGAAGUGGCUAUGAGCCUUCUGAUACAGAAACAGAAUGGCAGGACAGCCCUUGGCAUGAGGGACUAUCAAUCCCAAACAGGCCUAGAACACCUCCUGGUCCUGAAAGAGCCAUCAGUCCCUUAAAUCACAGUCAGAGGAACAUUUCAAAGGAGGAAAGCAAUUAUACCUCAGUAAAGGCUUUGGGAACUAGUUCAGCUACCAGAAGAAACAGUAGAUCUCCUUACAAACCAGUCAGAGGUGCUGGUGAUGUAGCAUACUCUGAUUUAAGAAGAAAUAUCAGUCCUUUAAAGGUUUCAGAGCACCACAGACAUGUUUCUCCAUAUAAGGCCAGAACAAAGGGGUCAGAACAUGAAAACAAUGAGCUAAAGAACUCAUUCCAGAAGAGGAGCCAGAGAACACCUCCAAAAAUUCAUAAUUCUUCACAAAAAGAUACCCAGUCACAACUUCAAGAAGUUUCUAGGGUCAGUGAGAGAUCCAAACACAGUCGUAACAGGGCAAUGUCUGCCCCAAAGCUGAGAGCAAGGGAAAAGGACCAACAAUUUAGUUCUAAUUCUGCAGUUCGUGGCACAGACCAGAUCUCACCACUGGUGAAAGCCACAAUCCAUAAUCAGCAAGUUGGCACAUGUGCUAGAAGUUCUUCCCCAAAGGAAAUAAAUGAAGUGAUUGCUAGUAGGAAACUAUCUAAGUCUCCAUCUUAUGAUGCUCAUUUAACAGAGAGCACAGAGUCAGUUUCAUUUGGUGAUAUCUUCUUUUCCCGUGAUGGCACAAUUCCACAGAAAAAUUCUGGCAUGAACAAUAGCAACAAUAGGAAAAAAUUUGCUCCAAGCAUGAAACCGGUUCUAGAGAGAAAAGCUCCUCUUCUUUAUCAGGAAAGUAGAGGGAUUAAGAGUUCUGAUCAGAAUCCUCAAGCCAUAACAGUUAGCACAGUUCUUUCACGAACAAAUACUAGCUUUGGUUCUGCUGCUGGUCGAUUGUCUAGUGGUCGAACAAACACAAGCUCAAAUUCUGCUGUUGGUCCACUUAGUAGGACUAGUAAUGACAGUAGCAAAUUUAGUGAUGGCAGUGGAAAAAGUGGAAGUUUCAGAAAAUUCACUGCCAACAUACAAAGAAGCCAGACAGAGGCCUGGUUCUCAUGUGUCAGGAGAGCCUCAUGCGGAAAGUCAAAGUCACCAGAAUAUAGGGCAAUUGAUGAAGCUACUUUCAUUGGGAAGGCAAUUGUGGUGGAAGAACUGAGAAUGUUCUGGGCUGAUAAGCAUAGCCCCCAUUCAUUGAAUGGAUUCAUUUGCCACAAACAACAAACACAGCAUCUGAGACAAUUGACAUCCCACAGCAGUUUUCCCCAUCUCCUGUUCAAGGGACCUUCAGGUUCGGGAAAGAAAUCAUUGUGCAUGGCUUUCCUGCAUGAAAUCUUUGGUGACGCAUCCUUGAAAGUCUCACAUGAUUUAAGACAUUUCUAUGUCCAGGACUCCACGCCAGAGCAAAUCGUUGUCCCUUUAACGUCAGGUCCUCACCAUUUUGAACUCAAUUUGAAGUCCCAAUCUAAGAAUGCUAGAUAUGCUUUAAUGGCUCUUGUCAAGGAAAUAGUUGACAAUUGUGCUGAUAUCCCUGAAGUUAGUGAUGCGAGUUUCAAAAUGAACUACAAAGUGAUUGUUCUCCAUGAUGUUGAUAAAGUCACAGAAAACAUUCAACACUUGAUCAAGUGGAUAAUGGAUUGUUAUACAGAUGCAUGUAAAAUCAUUCUUUGUUGUGAAGAUGACACCAAUCUCCUUGAUUCCAUAAAGAGUCGUUGCAAACUUAUUGCCAUGGAUGCUCCUGUAACACAUGAGAUAAUGGAGGUUCUAAUUGAGAUAGCGAAGAAGGAGAAUUUUGAACUAUCUACAAGUUUUGCUGCUAGGAUUGCAACUAGAUCUAAGCAAAACCUGAGGAAGGCAAUAAUGGCCCUUGAAGCAUGCAAAGCACACAACUUCCCAUUUGUUGAUGAUCAACCGAUACCACUUGGUUGGGAGGAUGUUCUGGUGGAACUUGCAGCAGAGAUUCUAGCUGAUCCAUCUCCUAAAAGGUUAUUUUUGAUACGUGGGAAGUUUCAAAAGUUGCUAGUGGAAUUUGUACCUCCUAAAUUGAUUCUCCAGAAGCUUGUUGAGCAGUUCCUCAAGGGAAUUGAAGCUGGUCUGAAAAGGGAGCUCUACUAUUGGCAUGCAUACUAUGAUAAGAGAUUGCCAGCCGGAACGAGUGCCUUGCUGAAACUAGAAGAAUUUGUUGCAAAGUUCAUGAGCAUCCACAGAAAGAGCUUUUGAAGGGCCGUUGUAUAGAGUCAAGCAUCAGAUCGUUGCAUAUUUGCCCCAAGUUUUAGAUUCAAAGGAUGAAUUGUCAUGUCGUGCAUACCGUUAAUAGCAGUAAUGGUACAGUGCUUGCCCAUAUUGCAAUAAAACAAUGUAUUGAAAGUCUGACCGAAAGUGUAUAUAUACCGGGUUUUAAUAGACAGAUGAAUUGUCACUCAUCAUGUAAUGUCCCUAAAAUGGUUAGUGUAUGGUUUAUGGAUUAUCAUAAUAUGCAGUACAAGACAGGCAACGGAAA